AUGAUGGCCGCCGCGCUGGCGGCCCUGUCGAGCCAGCCUGCGCUGCCGCACCCGCGGGCGGCGGCUCGCCCGGGGCGCUCCGGCGGCGGAGGCCGCGCCGCCUCCGCGGCGGCGCUGGGCUGCGCCCCGAAGGUCCCAGCGCCAGGGGGGUCGCCGCUCUGGCCGGGCGGGCUGGUGGCGGCGCUGACGCUCAGUGCUUCGGCGGGCCGCCGGUGGGCGAGGCCGGCGCGGUCGCGGGCGGCGCGGCAGGCCAAACGACAGGAUCCACCGGAUCGAGGCCACAUUCCCCGGGCGCCUUUGAGGUGGGAGGGCGCCGGUUUCAAGCCGUUGAAGAAGGACAGCAUCGUGCGCCGCAGGAGGCAGCCGCACGUCCCCAAGAACUUCGAGCAGCCGCCCGAAUGGUGGAAGCCGGCCUACGACCCGAAGGACGUCCCGCCGUACGAGCCAGGCGAAGGAUACGGAGAGAACGUCAUUCCGUUCAGCGGCGUGGCCGCGCCAGCCAAGGGGAAGAAAGGAAAGAAGCAGAUGAUUGCCAUGCUCUACAGGGCGGUGCAGAUCGGAGACGCCAUCAAGGAGAGGAGGGCGAGAAAAGCAGCGGCACCAGACACGGUCACGCAGACCUUCCCGGUGCCGCAGAGCAUUGUCGCCGACCUGGGCCAAAGGUGGUUCGAGGAUCUGGCCAGCGAGCUCGGCUGCCAGGUCGACGUGACGACGGAAACCCGAGAGGACUUCGGGCAGGAGUGGCAAGACGUGACCUUGGAGGGUCGUGACCGCGUCGUGGAAGAGGCCCAGCUGCGCAUGCUGACGGCCAUGAUGCCUCCGCCGUUGAGCCUCACGCGCUGA